UGGUAGACGUGCGUACGGGGAAGCGCAGUGAAGGAGGAAGAGGAGGAGGCGCAGCGCUCAGCUGUCUGGAUGGAGGAGACGGGCGCAGUGUCCGGGGUGUCCGCCCGAGCAUCCCCCGGCACCACCAUGACCGGCCUGGUCGCUCAGCAGCUGGUGUUCCCCGGUGUGUAGUUCGCGCUGCUCCCGCCGUCAGCCGCACCCGGGAGAACCAUGAACCCGCAGUGACCGGAGCGGCGCAGCUAUGGAAGGAGUGCUCUACAAGUGGACCAACUACAUCACAGGUUGGCAGCCUCGGUGGUUUGUAUUAGAUAACGGCAUCUUAUCAUAUUAUGACUCGCAGGAUGAUGUCUGCAAGGGCAGCAAAGGAAGUAUUAAGAUGGCAGUGUGUGAAAUUAAAGUUCAUUCUACAGACAACACCAGAAUGGAGCUGAUCAUUCCUGGGGAGCAGCACUUCUAUGUCAGAGCUGUAAAUGCAGCAGAGAGGCAGAGGUGGCUGGUAGCAUUAGGAAGCUCUAAAGCUUGUCUAAGUGAUAACAGAACAAGGAAAGAAAAAGAAAUCAAUGAAACCAAUGAAUCCCUGAAAACCAAAAUGUCAGAACUUCGUCUGUAUUGUGACCUGUUGAUGCAGCAGGUGCACACGAUUCAGGAGUUUGUAAGUCAAGAUGAGAGCCGUCCAUCGCCCAGUGCGGAGAACAUGAAUGAAGCAUCUUCUCUGCUCAGUGCAACCUGCAACACAUUUAUUACCACACUUGAAGAAUGUGUCAAGAUUGCGAAUGCCAAAUUCAAGCCAGAAAUGUAUCAGUUGCCUCCUCACGAGUCUUUGGUGUCUGCGGUGUCACCGUCCUCUGUACAAAUGAUGAAGAGAUCCAUGAGCCACCCAGGCAACUACACUACAGACAGGAUUGGCUAUUCCAUAAAGGAGUCUACAUCAUCGUUUCACCGGGUGUCUAACAGGAGGAGAAGCGCUUAUUCAGAUACUGAAACUGUUAGUGAUGGACCUGCAGAGGACACUGACAGACCUACACACUGCCCUCGAGUUGGAAUCAAUGGUGGAUUUCCUUCAGCAAGCGGCGCCGAGGACAACAAAACAAAGCCCAGGAAUCCGUCUGAAGCCGAUGACUCUCCGGCCUCGGUGUCUUCCUGAAGUCUGAGAGAAGAGCUUUAGGUGUUAAUACACUUUGUAAAAGUCCUGCUAUGCAAAGGCAGCUUGUGUCAGACUUUCAUGACCUAGAAACAUUUGUUGGACCCUUUUUAGAUGGAUUUUGCUGCACUUUAUAUAAUACUGUAAGAGCAAACUUUGAAGUGAGUUUUAUCUUUGUACAGUUUCUUUUGCAAAAGUAUUUUCCUACCAACCCUCACGGUGUGAAUGUGUGUACUUGAUCAAGCCGCUGUAUAACACACGUGGAAUAUGCAAUUUGUAUUGUGUGGUGUUUUUUUUUUUUUUUUUUAACAUGUAACAAACUGAAAGGUUAAAAUACAUACUUCAGUAAAUUUUGUCUGCCAGGACAUGGAAGGCCAAACCCAUAUUGACAUAUAGGAGAGCUCUUCUGCACUGUUUCCUCUUCUACAUCUUUACUACCCAUUUGAACGUAUGCUCUGUGAUAACACUUUACUCCCCUGACAUAAAAGGGAUAUGUUCACUGCAAUAAAAGGGAUGCAACAGAAUCU